AGAGAUUAGUGUGGGAGAAUCUAGCAGAAACUUUCAGAAGAAGCUAAGGGUUUUGGUUCUCGAAUCACAUAGCUCUUCUUCUCUAUUCUUCUCGGAUUCUUGAAAGAGUUGAAGAAAAACAAAAGGGAUUAUGUCAUUUUGUACUUGAAAGAAGAAUCUGAAGCACAGUUGUUGAAGAAGUUCCAUAAUUUUGUUUUUAUGGGCAUAGAGAGAUGCCAAGAGUCUACAAGUGGGGAAUCGUUUCUGUAUAGAUACCAACUUGAAGAGGAUGUAAAAAGAUUGCAACUACAACUACAAGAAGAAAUAGAGCUGCACACUUUUCUAGAAAGCGUCAUGGAGAAAGAUCCUUGGCAGCUAUCUUCUUCUUCUUGUAGUGUUCCACAUCAAGCUCAAGAACUGCUUUCCAAUAUAUCCACCCUAGAGACUGCAGUCACCAAGCUAGAGCAAGAAAUGAUGUCUCUGAACUUCCAACUUAGCCAAGAAAGAAACGAGAGAAGACUAGCUGAAUAUCAUUUGACACACUCAGCUUCUCCACCAAACAUUUCUUCUUCCUUGAUAUAUUUGAAUCAUUCGGAUUCUGAACUACAUCGAUCAGCAGAAGACAGUUCAUGCCAAAACCAAGAGUCUUCAUCUGAAUCAUCUCAGGCAGAAUCAACUGUUAAGAAGAGUAACCAAAUUCUUGAGAAGAGACUAAUGAGAAAGACAAAUGGGAGGAAGCUACUUAAGUACCUGUGGGAUCACCCUAAUCUACUCUCUGAAGAAAUGGUGAGAUGUAUGAAGAACAUCUUCAUGUCUCUUGCUGAUCAGACAAAAGCAUCCUCAAACGAGAGCCAACUCCUCUCACCGGUGGCAUCACCAAGAGGGCAUCUAUCAAGCUCAUCAUCCUGGUGGCCUUCAACAGAACGGUCAAAAAUCUCUUCAUGGGUGCAAAGCCCUCAGAUAGAUAUCCAAAGUAACAAUAAUGUCUUGGCCGCCACAGGAAACGUCUUUGAUCCUUACAAAGUUCGUGGGAAGUUAAGCUGGGCCGAGAUUGGAAACUACGGUUUGGCGUCCGAGGUUUCUUGGAUGUCUGUUGGGAAGAAACAGCUUGAAUAUGCUUCUGGUGCAUUGAGAAGGUUCAGGACACUGGUGGAGCAGCUUGCUAGAGUAAACCCAAUCCAUUUGAGCUGUGAUGAGAAGCUAGCUUUCUGGAUUAACGUUUAUAACGCUUUGAUCAUGCAUGCGUACUUGGCUUAUGGUGUGCCAAAAAGUGACUUGAAGCUCUUCUCGUUGAUGCAAAAGGCUGCCUAUACGGUUGGAGGACACUCAUAUACUGCAGCUGCAAUGGAGUAUGUUAUACUAAAGAUGAAACCGCCUACGCACAGGCCACAAAUUGCUCUGCUUCUUGCCAUCAACAAGGUGAAAGUAUCAGAAGAGCAACGUAAGGCAAGCAUUGAUAGACAUGAGCCUCUUCUCUCCUUUGCCUUAAGCUGCGGAAUGUACUCUUCCCCUGCGGUGAGGAUCUACACAGCGAAAAGAGUGAAGGAAGAGCUACAAGAAGCUCAAAGGGAGUUCAUACAAGCAUCGGUAGGGCUGAGCAGCAAAGGGAAGCUCUUGGUACCCAAAAUGCUCCACUGUUACGCAAAGAGUUUGGUGGAGGAUUCGAACUUGGGGGUCUGGAUAUCGAAGUACCUUCCACCACAUCAAGCAGCUUUUGUGGAACAGUGCAUCUCUCAGAGAAGAAGACAAAGUCUUCUCUCCUCACGUAACUGUGGAAUACUCCCCUUUGACUCUCGUUUCAGAUAUCUGUUUCUACCUGACAACAACAACAACUCCUGUGUGUAAUAACCUUUUAAAAGCUCUGCUUCGUGUUCAUCAGCAUGUAUCAUUAUUGUUCCCAACUUAGCUUUGGAGCUUAUCAGUGUACAUUUUUCAAAUAAUGUAUAUGAGAAAAGAAAGCUAUUUUUUCUUUUA